AUGAUGCCAUUUUCUUUAUCUUCAUCAGCUGUAAUUUGCAGUUCCAAAUUCCCAUUUCAUAACAACCCAGUAUCAUUUCCAUCUCAUUAUGAAAUCAAGAACCCGAAUUCUGUAAUAGUCUCUUUGAAUUCUCGUCCACCAACAAAAAAAUUGUAUAUCAGACACUGUAUUGCUUAUUCUUCUCGUUCUGCGAUCAAAUGUUUCUCACAGAAACCGCCCGCCGAUCAACGACAAGAGCAGCUGAUAGAAGAAGAAAAUGAAGAAGUGUAUGUGUUUGAGAGGCUGUUUUCUAACCUUAAUCAAGCCACGCUGAAUAGAGAACCUGGAAGCCUUAGCAAUGCAAUUUCUCUUGUUGCUGGCACCACUGUUGGCGCUGGGAUCCUUGCAAUUCCUGCAGUGACACAAGAAGCUGGAUUUCUGGCAUCUGCUGUUACCUGCAUCUUCUGCUGGAUAUUUAUGGUUGUGACUGGACUGCUCAUUGCCGAAGUAAACGUGAAGACUAUGUGUGAGCUGGGUUCUGGUGGUGUCUCAUUGGUAUCGAUGGCUAUGAGAACCCUUGGAGGCACUGGAGUGCAGGUCGCCUGUUGGUCCUACCUUUUCAUUCACUAUGCGCUUCUUGUUGCCUAUGUGGCUCGUUCUUCAGAUAUUUUGACAAACUUUUCCGGCCUCCCAACAUGGGAAACUGCAACUUUGUUUUCACUGCUUCUUGGAGGUCUUUGCUACUCUGGAAGUCAGCGGAUUAUUGGCGCAGUAAAUGGUUCUCUAGUAUUUGGCAUCAUAGCAUCCUUCGCAAUUCUUGUGGUAGUUGCAAGUGGAGACUUACACUGGGAUGCGCUUCUGAAAGCCAACUUCGAAGCUGCUCCUCGUAGUAUACCCAUUAUAGCACUUUCUUUUGUCUAUCAGAAUGUAGUGCCAGUUCUUUGCACAAAUCUAGAAGGGAAUUUAUCAGAAGUAAGGACGGCAAUUGUUAUUGGCACAGCUAUUCCACUGGCUCUAUUUCUUGUUUGGAAUGCUGUCAUUCUUGGAAACAUUACAGAUAUGGGGUCGGGUACUAUUUUAGACCCACUACAACUGUUGCGAUCUACUAAUGGAGUUGUUGGGCCAAUAGUUGAUGUGUUCUCACUUCUUGCGAUCGCCACAUCUUACAUCGGGUUUGUUCUAGGCCUUUCCGACUUCCUUGCCGACUUGCUGAAACUCCCGUCCGGUCAGAACAGGCCUCUGCCAUAUCUACUUACUUUGUUUCCACCGUUGGUACUAUCGUUGCUCGAUCCAGAAAUAUUCUUCAAAGCCCUGGAUUUUGCUGGAACGUAUGGAGUGUUGGUGCUGUUUGGAAUUCUUCCAGCUGCAAUGUCCUGGAAAGAUAGGUAUUCAAAAUCAUCAAAGUCUCCAAAUAUUCCCAUGUUGGUUCCUGGAGGAAGAAUCACCCUCUCACUUGUGAUUGGAGGUGCAGGACUCGUUAUUAUUUCCGAAAUAGUUGAAAACUUCGGACACGCAUAG